GGAUGUACAGCAAGACUCCAUUUCAAUUAAAAAAAAAAUUAAUGGAAAACUCAAUAAAGUCAAAAAAUUAUACUUGAAAACAUCAAUCACAUUUGUAAAUCCUAGCCACAAUGAACAAGAAAAAAUAGAACAGACACAUAUUUCCAUAUGGAAAUGAGAUAGGGAGCAGCACUACAGACCCUACACCCAUUUUCAAAAACUAAUAACAUUGUGAGCAGCUCUAUGCCAGUAUACUAGAAAAUGAUGAAAUGGACAAAAUAUUCUAAACUAUAGUUUACUUAAUGGACAUAAGAAUAAAAUAGAAAAUCUGAAUGUUUACAUUAUAUAUAGUGUAUAUAUGUGUGUGUAUAUAUUUGUGUGUGUGUAUGUGUGUGUGUGUGUAUAUCCCUACAAUGUAAACUCCAGUUCAGGAAACUCUGUGUUUUUUUUUUCCAAACACGUACUUAAGAAACACAAACAACAAACCUACACCCCAAACUUACACAAAUUUUCACUGAUAAUAGAAAAAAAGGAAUUAUACUCAAUAUAUUUUACCAGGUAAGGAAAAAGUUGAUACCAAAGCCUAACAAGGAAAUUACAAAUUUGGAAAAUCAUAGGAAGAUCUCUCUCAUGAUCAUAAAUGUAAAUCUCUAAACAAAUAUCGCUAAUAAGAUUCAUAUUAUUUGGACAUAUAUAAAAUGGAGAAUACAUCAUGACCACACUAUGAUUUUUAUUUUUUUAUUUUUGUUUAUGGAAGGCAAGAGUAGAUUAAUUGUUAAUAAAUCAGUACAAUUCAAUAUAGUAACAGAAUAAAUUUUAAAAAUCAUCUCGAUAGAUAUGGACAAAGCUUUUUGCUUGAGUAUUUUUACAAAUAUCUGUUGACCAUUUGUAUGUCUUUGGAGAAAUGUCUAUUCAGUUUCUUUGCCAGUUUUUUCAGAGAGGUUAUUCUCUUGCUAUUGAGUUGUUUGAGUUUCUUAUAUAUUUAUGUUAUCAUCCCUUAUGAGGUUUGAAAAUAUUUUCUUCUAGUCCAUAGGUUGUCUUUUCACUCUGUUGAUUGUUUCCUUUCUUGCCCAGAGGCUUUGUAGUUUGAGCCAUCCCAUUUGUCUAUUUUUGCCUUAGUUACUUGUGUGUUGUCAGGGUCAUAUCCAAAAAAUCCAUGCCCAAACCAAUGUUGUGGAGCUUUUGUCCUGCCCAUUUUGAGUUGACUUUUGUAUAUGGGGUAAGAUAAGGGUCAAAUUUCUUGCUUCUGCAUAUGAAUAUCUAGUUUUCCCAGCACCAUUUACUAAAUGGACUGCCCUUUCCCCAUUGUGUGGCACCUGUGAAAAUCAGUUGAACAUAAAUGUUUGGGUUGAUUUCUUUGCUUUCUGUCCUGUUCUAUUGAUCAUUGUUUUUGUGCCAGUUCCAUGCUGUCUUUAUUUGCUAUGGCUUUUUAGGAGAUUUUGAGAGCAGGUUGUUUGAUAUCUCUGGCUUUGUUCUUUUUGCUUAAGGUUAUUUUGGCUAUUUAGGGUCUUUUGCAGUUUCAUUAAAAUUUUAGGAUUUUUUUCUAUUUUAGUGAAAAAUGACAUUGGAAUAUCGAUAAGGAUUGCAUUGAGUUUGUAAUUUGCUUUGCAAGUAUAGACAUUUCAACAAUAUUCUUCCAAUUCAUGAAUAGGACAUCUUUCCAUUUAUUUCUGUAUUCUUCAGUUUCAUUCAUCAACAUUGUGUAGUUUUCAGCAUGGAGAUCUUUACCUUGGUUAAGUUUGCUUUCAAUGGAAAAUAAAGAUAAAAAUGAAAUUUUUAUCUUGAUUGAUUUUGGGAUAGUUUGUUGUUGGUGUGUAGAAACGCUACUGAUUUUUCUAUGUUAAUUUUGUAUCCUAUAACUUUACUAAAUUUGUUUGUCAGUUUUAACAGUUUUUUGGUUGAGUCUUUAGGGUUUCUAUAUAUAAAAGCAUGUUGGCAGCAAGCAGAGACAAUAUCACAUCUGCUUCUCCAAUUUGAAUGUUUUUUACAUCUUUUUCUUGCCUAAUUGCUCUGCCCAGUACUCUGUUAAAUAGGAUUGGCAAGAGUAUGUAUCUUUGAACAAGGAUUCAUCCAUCCUCUUCCUUUAGGGAAGACGGGCUCUAAUUACUCUGUGGCUGGACCCUGAGUGCUCACACAUGUGUGCGUCUGGGCAUGUGGGCGCCCAGGGGAGGAUGUUGAUGCCCAAGGUCCCAUGGCAGUGACAAUAGAUGGAUAUUUAAAUGAAGGUCAACGUUCCCCUGAAAAUCAUAGUGCUAACCUGCUCACUGUCCUUAAAGCUCGAAGGAAGGAUCACAGGAUGAGGAGAGCAGUUCUAAGAAAGGAAACAAGGACACCAAGGAGGCAGAAAUGAGUCAAGGGUUGUAUCCAGGAAGAUGUGGGUGGAGGCUGCAGCUAAAAAGAACUGGGAAGUCCAUAAGGGGAACUGUUUGGUACAAUGAAAACCCACAGUCCACGGCCAGGGGAGGAGUCACUUUUCUUCCCAUACUGCCCUGUAUGUCCCCUUUGUGCUCACGGCCACAAGGCAGCUCAACGAGAACUGCGCCGUCAGACGCUCGUGUGUCUCUGCUGGUCCGAGUCCGCCGUGGGCUCGAACCUGCAGCUUCCCUGGAGCGUCCCCAGGGUGGGGAGACGACUGCCGUGGGGAGGACCCGCAGCGCUGGGCUGAAGGACGGGCUGAGGGGGGGAAGGAGGCCCCGUGGGGAGGCUCCAAGAGGGAGGAGUGGAGCUCAUCACCCUCACCUGGGAGGGGCCAAGGUAGAAGGCACUGGGUCUAUUUGCUCCUAAAUCCUAAACUUCUGUGAGAUGAGGACAGAUGAAGUAGACAGUGGUGGGGGGUCAGCAGAGACCCCACUGCUACCUAAAAUGUCUCCACAGAACCAGGGGCUUACCUACCCCAGCCCUGGGGAAAUGAGAACCAGGCUCCUGCGGAUGAGAGCAGUUCCUCUUCCUCUGGGGCUGCUGGUAGGACAACCCCAUGACAGGAAGGACCCAGCCUCCGAGUGGCCACACCCUGAGUGUCUGUCUGUCCUGCAUGCCCCGUGGUCUCAUCCACCUGCCAGCCGGACCAGUGGGAGGACACGCCAUGACCCCGACCCUCACGGCCCUGCUCUGCCUCUGCCUCUGGGAGGGACCCCACCCCACAGCCAGGCCCUGCUCUAGCAGGAGACCCCAGGGGCUCAGGAGGCUUCCGGGGAGGACAGGACGUGCUCAGCCUUCAGGGGACAAAUCUCUCACAGGGAACUCUCUUCCAGGGCUGAGUCUGGGCAACAGGACCCGUGUGCAGGCAGGGACCCUCCCCAAACCCACUCUCUGGGCUGAGCCAGACUCUGUGAUAACCUACUGGAGGCCAGUGACUGUCUGGUGUCAGGGGACCCUGGACGCUGAGGAGUACUAUCUGUAUAAAGAGGGAGUCUCAGCACACUGGAUCAGAAGGAAACCACUGGAGCCUGGGAGCAAGGCUAAAUUUUUCAUCCCAUCCAUGACAGAGCUCUAUGCAGGGCGAUAUUACUGUUACUGUGACAGCCCUGCUGGGUGGUCAGAGCCCAGUGUUGCCCUGGAGCUGGUGGUGACAGGAUUCUAUGGCAAACCCACCCUCUCGGCCGUGCCGAGCCCUGUCGUGACCCCAGGAGGGAAGGUGACCCUCCAGUGUGACUCACAGCUGAGAUUCAACGUGUUCAUUCUGACUCAGGGGACAGAAUACAAGCUCUCCUGGCAUAUUGAGUCACAUGAACACCCCCGUGGGCAGUUUAAGGCCCUGUUCCCUGUGGCUCACGUGCCCCCCAGCCACAGCUGGACCUUCAGAUGCUAUGGCUAUCACAGGAACGCCCCCCAGGUGUGGUCAGAGUCCAGCGACCCCCUGGAGCUCCUGGUCUCAGGAGCAGCUGAGACCAUCAGCCCCUCACAAAACAAGUCAGACCCCACGAGUGCCCCGCACCCCCAGGAUUACACAGUGGAGAAUCUCGUCCGCAUGGGCCUGGCUGGCUUGAUCCUGGUGGCCCUCGGGAUUCUGCUGUUUGAGGAUUGGCACAGCCGGAGAAGACACCAGGAUGCAGCCGGGAGGUAAACUCCAGAGACAACAACGCACCAUCCAGAGUGGGAGGGCCUUGGAAACAAAUCUGAUGACCCCAGGAGGUUCUGGAAGAAAGUCUGGGGCAGAGUUGGGGAGCUGUCUGCUGAGAACGCCGCGGGGAGGAGACGGGGUCGGGGCAGGAGGUGUCUGGAGAGGACUCUGCCUCCACCGCUCUGUGUGCUGCCCUCCCGCCCCUGCUGACUCCCUGACUGUCCCUCCCUCCGUCGUCUCCCUGUGACCUGAGGGCUCAUCCCCAGGGCAGGUUUGAGUCACAUCUCUUUGUACCUCACGCUCUGCUCCCCUGUCCUGUGACACUUUUUCCUUUAUUUCUAAGUACCACUUCCCUGGUAUGUGCGAUUGAUUCCUUCUGUCUUUGUCUCCGAACAUGGAUUUGGAUUAGAUCACUGAAUAAAUGGGCAAAAAUUAGAUCCCCGGCUUCAAAAGAUACAUCCAAAAUGAUGCACCCUAGCACCUGUGUGGACUAUACAUUCCCUUCACUCUUCAUCAAGUGCUAACUGUGUACUUUGAUGGAAAUAUCAUCACUUGGAAUCUACACACUGGUGCUUGAACAGUCAGCUUCGUGGUGUGUUGUUAAACCAGCUCUCUGAUUUAAAAAAAUUGAAAAAAGUCCCUGAUUUAUAGCGUUUGCUGAUUACUUUGGUCCCUUCAUGACCAACUUCAAGGUGCCAAUAUGACAUCAUGUAAUGCUGAGCUGGGAAGUUGUGGGCAGAACUGUCAUUCACAAGUGAGUAUGAGCCAGAUGCUACCUAACUUGGUGAGAGUCCCGAUGUGCAGCCAUGUUUCCUUUUAUCUGCAGGUCGUGACAAUUUCUGCCUCAUUGUUAUGGUGCAGUUUCAGUAAAAUUGUGAUGCCAAAAUCAUAGCACAACAGAGGGAAAAGAAGUAAACUGCAACAUCAUUUUUUGUUGAGAACAUGCAGAUGUAGAAUUGUAGUACGUUACUCGUAGGAGUGUGGAUUGCUUUGGUCAAUUACGGGAGAAGAUCAGAAUUAUCUGGUUAAACAGAGGAGAGACACAGCUAUGACCCUUAAGUAUAUGCCGCAGAGAAAGUGUGUACAUAUAUACCAGGAUGCCUUCACAAACAUGAUGGGGUGCUGUUCCUAUGAGCCAAAAACUAUAAAAUACAACAAUCCAUCUACCGAAAAAACCAAAGACAAUGUGGCAAAUGUACCCAAUGGUGUAUUAGUUAUGAGGUAGUGAAAUGCAUAAAUGAAAAUGACAAACCAUAACAUAGUUCAGUUUUCAAACAUGAUGGGGAGUAAAUGAAAGAUUAUAAAAAGAAUGUGUACAUGGUUAUCUCAUUACAUAAAGUUCAAAAGAAGAGAACAUUAUGUAGAGAAACAUAGUACAGUCCCCUCUUUCAUUCCUGAUAUUGAUUAUGUAUGUUUCUUUUUUGCUUUGACAUCCUACAUUUUUGAUAUAUUGCAAUUUUAUUGUCUCUUCUUACUUUAUAACUUCAAAUAUAGAUCCCAUGAAGGAUUGAGGGUUUUGUUUAUUUCAUGUAGUAUUUAAAGGUUUAAAAGAUAAUAUAUUUUAGUGUUAGCUAUUAAAUAAUUGCACUAUAGAAAGGAAAAAUAAUGUGUAAGAUAGCAAUUGGGAAAGAUUGAGAGAUAAUUCCUUUCUUGUCUAGUAAACACUUAAUAGUUUAUGUCUGAUGCAUUCCUGAAGCAUGUGUCAGUUUAUGCUGUGUGUAUUUCAAGGAUAUGUGAGUAGAUGAUUGAACCUUUAUUGGUGCUAUUUCUUCCUUGUUUAUAGAUUAUUUAAAACAUAACAUAUCAACUUUUAUUACUAAAAUAAUUUUAUAUUAUAUUACUUUUUUGUCAUUUUAUUUUACAUGGAUCUAUUGUGCCUCAUUGCUGGGUGAUUGGGGGGGGUGUGGGACUUAAAUUUUUAAGUAAGUAAAUUACUCUUACACAUACAUGGUAAUAAAAGGAUAAUUUAGAAGAACUAGAGACAUUUUUAAGUAUUCAUUCAAUUAUAUAUUUUGAACAAAGAUUCAUUCAUCCUUCUCAUUUACAGAGCACAGCUUCUAAUCACACAAUAGCUGAACUCUGAGUACUCAUAUAUGUAUGCCUGUGCAUGUGUGUGGCUGUGCAUAUGCGUAUGUGUAAUUUUCCAAUAGUUUUCACCCCAUUUUCCCUCACUUUCUCCAUUUUCAGUUCAAUAUUCCUCUAACUGAACUGCAUGAUGUAGAAUUGCUUUCUCUGAAUAUGAAAACAAUAAAAUAGUUGAACUUAUGGCUCUGGAAAUGCCUUCCUUUUAAUCUCAAUCUAUUAGAAUACUUAAAAAUAUUAUUUUACAUUAAUGAAAGAAUAAUAUUAAUAUAUAAUACUUAGAACUA